AUGGAGUCUCCCUCUCCUUCGCCGGUUCCGCCUCCCAAUGCGUCGUUAGAUUCCGAAAACGGCAUCCGUAUACUGCUCGUCCGGUGGUUUCCACUGGCCCUUCUCGUCGCAGUAGUCUUGCUGGUGUUUGCCGAUGACAGCGAUAGAACUAGUAGGCGCUCUAAUAAUAGGAGGAGGAGCAGGAGGACAAGUAAUAUUCACCUUCCGCCGUCAGGGGCGGUGGCCCCUUUCCCGCCUCCGGCGAAAGAGAAAGACAAUGUGGUUUCGAUUACUUGCAUGUAUAGAGUUGAGAAAUCAGAGUCGCCAAUAACUGGUGGGGAUAAUAAUGAUAGUAUUAAUAACGACGAUGGUGGCUUCGACUGCGCUAUUUGCUUAGAGGAUUUCAAUUAUGGCGAUGAGUGUAAGAUGUUUGUACACUGUAACCAUGGCUUUCAUAAAGUUUGCAUUGAUAAGUGGCUCUCUCGUGAUAAACAUUGUCCGCUUUGUCGUGGUUUCAUUAGAACUACUGGCCGUGACACAAAUCUUGAUCUGGUUUAA